UAUGAUUUGUUGUGUAAUAAUAUUAAUUAAAUUAUUCAACUCAAAGUUCUUUCUCUCACUCUCUCACCACCUACUGACUGUCGUCACUUCCUUUGUUUGGAAAAGAAAAGAAAGGAGCGAGAGAGAAACCCAGCACUGCUAGUGAAAAUAUUUUGGAAGCUGCUAAUGUGCGCCAGAUACCUUUCUUGUGUCAGUCGGUCUCUCUUUUUAAGCUGCCCUGGCUUUUCAUGACCUGCUUCUGUUGUGGUUUUUUGUUUUUCUUUACUGAUUGGCGCAUUAUAGCCUCACCUCCACUAAAAUUACAUAUCUUUCACUUGGGGACAGGUCCUUUUCUUUUUUCUUUCUUAUUGUUAUUAAUUAUAAUAAUAAUCUCUUUUCUUUUCUUAAUUGCCAAUCAUUAUCUUCUUUCUCCUGAAUAAGCUUUUACCCUCUCAAGAUCCUCUUGGUCUCUUGCUUCCCUUUUUUUAUUUCUUUCUAAUUUUGAAAAGAAAAGGGAAGAGUUUUAAAGGGAGCUAGGCUGGUGUUGCUAGAGGUUUUAGAUCUGAGGAAGCUAAGGUUGUUUGAAGCAAUGUCUCUUGGUUUCUUGGUUUCUUUUUGACUAUCUAAGUAAACCCACUUGCAUCUUUCUACUCCUAAAUUUUCUUGGGUUUUUUUAGGGUCUUGACUUCUUGGCCCCUCUUCUUCAGAGAAGCUGUAGUGUUUGGGUUCCUUUUGUUUUUGGUGGCAUAAAAGUCUCUUCUUGGGUACUCACUCUGCAUUUCUUGCUUGAAUUCCUAGGAAGAUAGAGAGAGGGGCUACUCGGUAAGUGGUAAACUUUUGUAGAAAUGCUGACCAUUGGGAGUCCUACUACCAGUUUGUUUACAAGCACUAGCUGCAAUACUUUGCUCAGAGAGCUUCAGCAAAUAUGGACUGACAUUGGCGAGAGUGAAGCAGAAAAGGACCGCAUGCUACUGGAGCUGGAGAGAGAAUGUCUGGAAGUUUACCGGAGAAAGGUCGAGGAUGCUGCCAAUUCCAAAGCACGACUUCAUCAGUCUGUUGCAGCUAAGGAAGCUGAACUUGCAACACUUAUGGCUGCUCUUGGAGAGCUUAGCGUUCAUUCUCCGAUUCAGACAGAGAAGAGGACUAGAUCAUUGAAGGAAAAACUUGCAUCUGUUACACCAGUUGUAGAAGAUCUGAGGAUGAAGAAAGAAGAACGGAUAAAGCAAUUUGCAGAGAUUAAGGCACAAAUUGAAAAAAUCAGCAGUGAGAUUUCUGAAUAUAAUAAUCUCAACAAUACUCUGGUGACAAAUAUAACUCUAGAUGAGCAGGAUUUGUCGUUAAGAAAGCUUAGUGAAUAUCAAACACAUCUUCGCAGUAUUCAAAAAGAGAAGUCUGACCGCCUUCAUAAGGUCUUUGAAUAUGUGAAUGAGGUGCAUUCUCUAUGUGGUGUGCUUGGGUUAGAUUUUGGCAAGACAGUAAGUGGAGUACAUCCAAGCUUGCAUGGAACCCAACAGGAACAAUCCACAAAUAUAAGCAACAGCACGCUGGAAGGUCUAGAACAGGCCAUUCGCAUGUUGAAAUUGGAAAGAAAAGCUCGAAUCCAAAAGCUGAAAGAUGUUGCAGCAUCGUUAUUUGAACUUUUGAAUUUGAUGGACUCUCCCACAGAAGAGAAAAACAAGUUUUCUAGAAUUACUUCUGUUCUUGGAUUUGCUGAAUCUGAAAUCAUAGAACCAGGUGUUCUAUCAGCAGAGAUAAUUGAACAGGCAUCGACAGAAGUGGAGAGGCUCACUAAGUUAAAAGCAAGCAGAAUGAAAGAACUAGUAAUGAAAAGGAGAUCAGAUUUGGAGGGCGUAUGCAAAAUGACUCAUAUAGAACCUGAUACAAGUACUAAUCCUGAGAAAUCCACUGCAUUGAUAGAUUCUGGUUUAGUGGAUCCUUCUGAACUUUUGGCAAACAUCGAAGCCCAGAUAGUCAGAGCUAAAGAGGAAGCUAUUAGCCGAAAAGAAAUUAUGGAUAGGAUAGACCGAUGGCUUUCUGCAUGUGAAGAGGAAAAUUGGCUUGAAGACUAUAAUCAAGACACUAACAGGUACAACGCUGGAAGAGGUGCACAUCUCAACCUUAAACGUGCAGAACGAGCUCGAGUGACCGUAAGCAAAAUUUCAGCAAUGGUUGACAAUCUGAUAUUCAAAACCCUAGCUUGGGAAGAUGAAAAGAAGAUGUUAUUUCUCUAUGACGGGGUUAGAUUGGUAUCUAUACUGGAGGAUUACAAACUGACCAGACAACAGAGAGAAGAGGAGAAAAGGAGAUACAGGGACCAAAAGAAGCUCCAAGAUCUACUGCAAACAGAGAAGGAAGCCAUGUAUGGGUCUAAACCCAGUCCACGGAAAACUAACAGUUUUAGGAAACCAAAUGGUUAUCGUGCAAAUGGAAAUGGUUCUAUGACUCCCACACCUCGUAGGAACUCAUUUGGAGGUGCAACUCCUGAACUCCUCACUCCUCGAUCCUAUUCUGGACGUCAAAAUGGCUAUUUCAAGGAAAUGAGAAGGCUGUCUACUGCACCGUUGAACUUUGUUGCCAUAUCAAAAGAGGAAACGAUGUCAUUUGCAUCUGUUUGUGGUUCUGAGCCUGGCUCUCCUCCGCAGGGUUAAGUGAUUUGGAAUGGAACAUGGGACCUUGUAGAAGUUUGAUGACCUAAAACUUCAAUUCUAGCUGUGGAACUUUGUGAAUAUGAAACAGAUGUACACUAGUGUAUGAUUGUGAUCAUUGUUAGGGGUUCUUGGAGAGUGGUUACUGAUGUUGAGGAGUCCACUGGGAUGCUAUUUUCUCUGAAGAAUAUCAGCUUGUGGAAGGGGUGACCAACACCGGUAGAUACUAGUUUGGAAACAUCAGCUCUCGUUCAACAAUACAGGCAUUAUGUUAGUUUCGUGAUAGUACUGACCAUGUUAUGUGGGUUUUGCUUGUGCUUUGCGAAUGUGUAUAUUAUGGAUUCCAGUGUGAUUGUCUAUCAUUUGAUGUUUAGGAACCUUGGUAUAUUUGGAGAAUGCAUCUUUUAGAAACUGUGGUGCGAUAGGUUGACAAGGAAUAAAUGUUUUGACUUGGUGGAA